AUGAGUUUCAAAUUAGAGAGUUUCAAGAGUUGCACAACCACCCUCUUUAUACCACAGAAGAGCGCAGACAUUCAAAAAAAAUCUAGGAAAUUAAAUUACGCAGACAAGGAGUUUAUUAUACGCGCAACAAUAGAAAACGUGGGUGUAACAAAGACGCAUAAACUUCGUGUUGCGUUAAAAGGUGGAUAUGAGUGUGUUGGUCCCGAAGAGAGUGAUUACAAAAAUUUUAGGAAAAAAUUGGGUAACAUUAUAGGCAACAAGGAUGCGCAAUUGGUAGUGAAUAAAAUGAAUGAGAGGAAAACAUUUUAUUCAGAUUAUUCCUUUGAGUAUAAAUGUGUCGAUAGCGUGUUAAAUGCUAUGUUUUGGGCUGAUGAAACAUAUAAGGUAUUCUACAAGGAGUUUGGAGAUGUGAUAUCUUUUAACCCUACCUUUCGAGCAAAUAAGUAUGGAAUGGUAUUUGUCCCUUUUACAGCUAUUGAUAAUCACAAAAGAUCUGUUACUGUUGGUGAUGACCUACUUAGUAAUGAGAAAAUAGAGUCUUAUUGUUGGUUGCUUGAAGCUUUUUUAAAAGCUCAUGGAAAGAACCAACAUUGGUGUUAACAAACCACGAUCCAACGAUUCUGCAGGCAGUUGAGGCUGUAUUCCUAAAUGCCAAGCAUAGACUAUGCUUAUGGCAUAUAACGAAAAAAUUACAGGCGAAGGUAUGUUG